AUGCAUAUUACGUAUUUUACAUAUCAUUUUGCUGUGAUUGUAAGCCUAGUGUUUUUGGAAUAACCUUUUUUGCACAGUGCACUCAAAUUUGGACCUUUUUCUUUGCACGGCCCAGAAUUUUCUUGUAGCCGGAGGCACCUUCAAUCUAGCCAUUCUAUAUUCAAUAUCAGAUCAUUAUCUAUCGCUGAACAAAGUUCUAUAGUUCUGUUGCGAUUCCGUCGCCCCAAAAAAGCCUCUCGAAAGUCGGCCCCAUUCCGCACAUACGCACCGUGCAUUCGGCCGCACCACCGCUACGGCGGUGCGGGGGAGAGGGCCUCAACUUCAGCGUCUUCUUCUCCACAUCGUCUUCCAUCGGCCGCUUCGCUUUUGGGCCGCCGCUUUGCCCCCGAAAACGGCCAAGGAAGAAGAAGAUGCAGAAAAGCGGCGGCGGCGAAGACGGACGAUGGCGGCGGCCCGCUCUCCCGAAGACGACGCCACGCUGAAGAAGCACACAGAAGCCUUCUCCGCCCUGCACACCACCACUGACUGCCCCACACCACCCCUGCGGCCCCUCCGCUCUUGCCCCCAGUUUUUCGUUCGUUUAUAUCAAGUCUAUCGGAAAAUGUUUUUUCACUCAGUAACCGGGCCCCCCACUCGCUUAUUUGCCUUCAUUAUCGAUGAUUUGCCGACCGGAUCCGGCGUCGAUCCGUGUUGUUUGGGUCCGCCAAACAACACGCUUCCCGCAUGCCGGAGGCGUUUUGCGUCGCUUUGUGGGAAUAUUUGGAAAUCCGACGCUUUUAUGUUAUCCAUGGACAUCAGCUGAUGCCACCUAGAGCGUUCGCCCGUUUCGCUGCGUGAUCGGUAUAGUUUCUGCGCGCAAAUGUAGUAGUAGAUACUACACAUACUCCGCUUUCGUCCUACAUCGGAUAUCCGGUAUUUUGGUCAUCCAAAAAUAUCGACAAUCCGCUUUCGAAAAAAGUGGACUUCUUCGAGCCGCUUUUUCAAAGUUUUUGCGAUUUCUUCGGAUCCAGAGCGGCCAUAUGGCCAAUACUCAUCACAACGACACUUUGCUUCAAUAGCCAUAUUAUCCCAACUUAAGCACGUUCAGUUGUCCGCUAGAUUUCUUGGAAUGCCAUCUUAACUUUUACGUCCAAAAUCUUAAAAAAGUAGCCCAUUUUGUAGCGCCAAUAUCUUGGUUGAAGAGAAUUGUAGAUUCCCCAAACUAGCACGUUUCGCAAGCCCAUUCACUACGCUACUUUUGCAUAUUAAACGGGAAGGUCUAGUGUUACCCCGCUUUCGGCCGCUACCCCAUUUCUCCCACCUCCAUUUGGUUUCCCCGCAUUCAGAAACCCCCCCCCCCGCCCGGAUCUUCGAAUUUCUCCCUUAUUAUGUCGCAUUUCCUUUGCAGACCGUUCAGCCCGCGAAACCCGCAAUUAUGAUGUCCACUAAUUACGCACGCCCUGCGGCAUUUCGCCGGUGGAAUUGCGGCGAAUUUCGGGACGGAAAUGUUUUCGCGGGGAUUUUGUUUUUGUUUCAUUCCGAAUAUGGGGAGGGGAUGAGUAAUGGCGUGGAAUCAUCAACAUGGUCCUCAAAAUUCUAAAUUCUUUCCGAUUUGUAAUUUGCGACAGCUCGAAUGAUCGCAUGCAAUUUUUUUUUGAUGACUAAAACGAUUUUUUUUCGAUUUUUUUUGCUGUUUUAUAGCUAAAAAUGGGAUUUUUUGAUGACAAAAAAAAAGUUUUCACUGUCACCAUUUAUAAAGAAUUCGUAUUUUACCCAAAAAAUGCUCUGUUAUUUGCAUAAUAUUCAAAUUUUUCGCCAAAAAUCGACUUUUCCCCCCAUUUUGCGCCAUCGAAGAGACUCUUUUUAUUAUAUCCCACCCAAAAAAGCGGGCAGUAAAUACCACGAAAAUGGCCAAUGAGAACCCCUCAAGGCUUCAUUGAGCAUUCUGACACAAUAAAUAAGCACGCCAGCCCACCGGAAAUGCCGGUUGUACCCGCUGUUUACACACGGCGUUCCCCUGCCCUCAAUGACGUCAUCGUGGGGUGCGAAAAAUCAGUGGUCAUGGUGGAUCCGGAUCUUCAUAAAAUUUUAAUCAGAUAUUGAGGUGUAUAGCAGGAAGCCGAAAUUCCGCGUAUUUUACCUUAAUUUAGCCAUUUGCAUCAGAAAAUUUCAAAAAAAAGUCGAAAAAAUGGGGUUUUUCGAUUUUUUCGCAGGGAUUUUUGUUUACCGCCUGGGGCAAUAUUUCAUUUUUCUCUCGUUUUAUCUUGUAUUAUUCGAUUACUUGUCUUUUUUGAUGGGGGAUUUUAAAGGAAAUCGAGAUUUUUUUUGGGAUUUUUUUUGUUCCAGACAUUAUUGGAGGUAUUGGAGGGAGAGGACGUAUUUUAAAGAUUUCCGCCACUACGUUUUUAUCCUUGGGGUAUGGUUGAUCAUUGUGCACCUUUUAUAUCCUGUAACUUUUUUUGAACCUUCAUAUUUUAGCCAUUUUCCGGAAGCUCUUUGAUUUUUGAUGAUCUAACUUAAUAUAGCUGCUGUGGCUCUCAGAAAAAAGGUAGUCCAAAAAUUCUUUGUGUGUUUGGAAGCUUAAAUCAUCUAGUUUUAACAGCUACUAGUCACUAAAGAACGUUGGGUACCAGCUACGGGCUACAGCUCGCCCAACUCGGACUGUUUUUGGUGUUUUCACGCGCCCUUAACAAUAUCCAUUUAUGCAGAAAAGUCGCGGCGGCGGCGGCGGCGGGGGAACGUCAUCUCCGUCUUCUCCUUGUUCAUCAUCCCCUCUCUUGCGCUGUGGGGCCGUGUUUGGGCCGCGGGCAUCGGAUGGGGGGAGGGGGGCUUCAAUUUGUCUCUUUCUUUCUUUCCGCGGCCUUCCCGCGGCCACGGUGUGCGGGAGUCGAAGAGAGUGGCUGCACAAUUUUCUCCGCCAUUUUCUUCGUCUUGCCCCAACGCGGUGGUUCGGUCGCGUUCUCCCCCCUCACUCACUCCUCCGCCCCAAAAACGAAUUCAAAAGUCGGGCCCAGCGGGCCGCGGCCGGCCGCCGGCCGAACGCACCACCCGAUUUCCCAGACGGGAUUAGGCCCGGCCGCCGCUCGGGUAAUCGACGCCUGGUUUCAGUAAUGCGCGAGAAUUGAAGGGGGGAUAAGCAGUCGAGAAGCGGGGGCCCUCGAGUGCCGAAGCUACUUGCCCAAUUUUCGUAAUUCCCUUUUUUGGGUCAACUCUUUCUCCGAGCGGUUUUGCACCGGAAGUCCUGUUUUUUCCCAAAUUUUUUGGGGUUUCUUGAUUCUUCUGGCUACAGAAUGGCUUCAUGAGAACACCAUGAAAGCCCAGAUCUGCUUUUACGUAUUUUACACUUUAAAAAAUCAAUUUAAUUUUUUUUUCAAUUUUUCGAAAAAUUUCAGUUUUUUUUCACAAAAUAGCCGAAAAAAAUGUAAACUGCUUGUAUACGGUUCAUUGUAAAUUAAUGUCCACUAAAUUCCUUUCCGAUUUUUGCCGAAAACACCAUUAAUUUUACCCCCUUUCCCCACUACCCCCAUUUUCCUGACAAUUUUCAAAAAAUCCCAAUUUCGCCUUGAAAUUUCCGCGAUAUUUUGCUGAAAUCUUCCCGAGAAAGCCUACAUCACUCACUCUUUCCAUUUCAGGUAACAAACAACUCACGAAGACCAGCAGUGUCGCGUGGCGACCAAUAAACCGGCAGCUUCCCCUCCACUCAAGCUUGGCCACAGCCCCGCGUUCUGGACGUCUUGGCCGGCGCCUCACACAUAGAAGACUAGUAUUUAUGAGACGCUCGGCACACACGCAGAGUCAGUUUUGAUCCGAGAGGUGAGGAGAUUUGAGAUUUUUUGGGAGUUUUUUGGGAAAUUUUGCUUUGAUGUCUAGUGUAAUAUAAAUUUUUGGCUGCAAUAGGAGAGCAUUCCAAUUUUUGGAUAUUCUGAUUAUGUUUUCACAGAAACAUAGCCCUUUACGAGGGACUUUCAAAAGGCAAUAAGUAAAAAAUUAAUUUUCUCUGACCGUCUCUCCUCAUUUUGCGUACUCUCUCGCUAAAAAAGACUGUUGAAUAUCUCAGCUAGGGUUUCAAAUCUCAAGCUGAAAUUUUUAGUGAUUGGUACACAGGAUAUUUACAAACUGUGUAAAAAUUUUGAAGAAAAUCUAAGAACACCCCUUUCUGCUACUUCCAUUUCAUUCCAAUGUCGAGUAUAAUAUAAUUUUCGCCUCGAAGUCAAACUUUCCUGCUCCAACAGCUAACACAUGACCGACUAAAGUUCAAAAAGCUCAACUCUGUACGUUUCGGACGUCUCCCUUGCCCUAUAAAGUCCUCCCCGAAAACCUGGGAUUAAAUGCCCGCAGGGCGGAUUAGAAACCUUUUAGGGCCGCUGCACUCGCGUAAUGCAUCCCAUUUCGCGGAAACGAAUUUAAAUUUUUAUUUUAAAUUAAUUAUCUUGUUUAUAUUUUAAUUACAAUCUCUCAGCAAAUGUCAUAAACAAGAAGAUUAUUAACGCGGGAUUAGCGCCUUCAGGGCUAAUUAAUGCGCUCACGUGAAACGUCUGCGUAGCGCCGUGAUGCGAACGCCGGCAUUUGCGUCGAACUGUUUGUGGAUUUGGGUCGGUAUCUUGGCACUUGCGACAGUUUUUGGGGGUAUUUUGAGGUCGCCGAAAACAGAUGAAAGAUUUGUAGGCUAAAUUACACUAGAAAAAAACCACAAACUUUUGUGGAAAAUUCUGGAUGGGAAAUGGCGGGUUUUCCGAGGAUUUUGAGAUUUCUGCGCGAAAUUAAUAAAUCUAAUGGACUCUAAAGCCUUUUUUAUUUAUUGCCUGAGGCCUUUUUGCAUCAACCUGCUGAGUUUUUUAAAUAUAUUUUAUAUAUUUCUGUCGGGAAAAUAAUGAGCGGCGAUGCGAUUUUCGACGCGAAAUUAUGCUCAUUAUUUUCCCGACAGAGUGAUAUAUGCACUUUCCCCUCUUACCACAAAAAAGAUCACCUGUCCUUAUCUAAAAUUUAGCCCCCUGGGUGACACUUCUGACCAACUUUUGCCGAGCAACUCGACGCAUGACCGAAAACAAAGCAAAAGCCGCUAGCACUUGCGACUAAUCCCCUUCUUUGUGUUUCAGGUGCGCCAGGUGAAUUGGAAGUGCUCUUGGCGUGGACGAAGAAGAAGCUGGAAACCCGCGAACGAAAGGGCCGUGCAAGUUCGACACUGGUUUGAUAUCGAAUACAAUACGGUUGAAGUCGGCGUCGUUGCUCUAGCGAAAAGCCACAUUUCUCGUGAGUUUCGAGCGUGAUGACUAUAUCAGUCUGUCGGGAAAAUAAUGAGCACUCUGUCGCAUGGAAAAUCGCAUCGCCGAGAAAAUGAAGUUGCGAUAAAAUCACAUUUCUUUUCACUUCAGCGACACGAUUUUCGAUGCGACAGAGAUCUCAUUAUUUUCCCGACAGACUGAUAGUUUAUUUGUCAAAAAACGAGGCACAUAUUGAGGACCUAGCUUUACCAUUCUCCCCAUUCCAGACCCGCAACAGCUCGGUCGAGGCCCAGCCAACGGAACGCGCAGCCAGCCGACCCCAUCCGGUCCUCGCCACGCGGAAUUCGGCGCCCUCGAACCGCGGAACGUCGUCGCCUCAAAAACAAGGAAAAAUUUCUAA